AUGCCUACGUUUACAUCUAAUCUUCUUUCUGUUAAGAAAGCCACCACCGAUCUUAAUUGCUAUGCAAUAUUUGGACCUAACAAUGUCGCAUUUCAGGAUAUUGAGAGUAGUAGGUUACUCGGGCAAGGCAGCACCAAGGAAGGACUCUAUGUUCUUGAAGACACUAAUCUAUCCCCUUCAGCUUUAUCUAGUGCUUUUAGUUUCAAUGUUUCUGUGGCUAAUGAUGCGGUUUGGCAUGCUAGGUUAGGUCAUCCGCAUCAAAGAGCCUUAAACUUACUAUUGCCGAAUAUCAAGUUUCAAAAUGAAAAUUGUGAGGCUUGUAUUCUUGGUAAACAUUGCAAAUCUGUUUUUCCCAAGUCUUCUAUGGUUUAUGAAAAUUGCUUUGAUCUUAUUCACUCUGAUGUGUGGACAUCUCCUUGUUUUUCAAAAGAAAAUCAUAAGUAUUUUGUAACCUUUAUUGAUGAAAAAUCUAAAUAUACUUGGCUAACCCUUUUACCUUCCAAGGGCCGUGUCCUAGGGGCCUUUGUGAACUUUUAUGCUUAUGUGACUAACCAUUACAAUGCCAAGGUCAAGGUGCUAAGAUCAGACAAUGGAGGUGAGUACACUAGUCAUGCCUUCAAGCAAUUUCUCUCCACUCAUGGAAUCAUUCAUCAAACAAGUUGCCCGUACACUCCACAAAAAAAUGGUGUUGCUGAGCGCAAGAAUAGACAUCUCAUGGAGGUGGCUCGGUCCAUAAUGUUCCAUACCAACGUACCAAAGAAGUUUUGGAGAGAUGCCGUAGUCUCAGCGUGCUACCUCAUUAAUCGCAUACCAACACGAGUUCUCAAUGACAUUUCACCAUAUGAGGUACUCACUAACACAACACCUACUAUUGAUCACUUACGUGUGUUUGGAAGUGUGUGUUAUGUCUUAGUACCAGGUGAAAAGCGCAACAAAUUGGAAGCAAAGAGCACUAAGGGGGGUGUAUUGGAAAAGGGAUUUUAA